UCAUCGGCACUCUCCGCUAAGAAAGACUUGUGACCUCGGAGUGGGUCGCUAACACUACUCACAUUUGCAGGCUUGCACAUCCCCUUUUCGGUCCUUUGGCAUUUCUCCGUGCUGUUUCUACCAGUAGCGGUGUGUGAAAGAGCAGUGUAUGAAAGUAAACUCUAAUACCUUCAUCCGUUCCUGCAAUUUACCCGCUGCCUUCCUUGUAUCAGUCCUUCAAGGAGUGUUCUAGACCACCAUGUGCAAGACUCCACUUCACGAUUUCUUAAAACGUCUUCCAAAAGCCGAACACCACCUGCAUCUAGAAGGCGCCCUUAGUCCCACCCUCCUCUUUGAACUCGCUAAAAGAAACAAUAUUUCCCUCCCAACCGAAGACUCAGCUUUCAAUUCCCCAGACUCUUUGCAAUCUCGAUAUGGAAGAUUCACCUCUCUUGAUGACUUUCUCCACUAUUAUUACUUCGGCAUGUCCGUGCUAAUUCACGCCCACGACUUCGAAGCUUUAGCAUGGGAUUACUUCCAGCACGCCUCAGCCGACGGCGUGCAUCACGCUGAAGUUUUCUUCGACCCGCAGGCGCACACGACGCGCGGUGUCUCUUACAACACCGUCCUAUCCGGCUUCGAAUCUGCGUGUCGUCGGGCCGAGCGAGAACUCGGCAUCACAACGGAACUCAUCACAUGCUUUCUUAGACACCUGCCUGUUGAAGACUGUUUAGCGACUUUUGAAAACGAGCAUGUUCAGCAGAGUUACCGGAGCGGCGCUGUCAAAGGCAUUGGCCUGGAUUCUAGUGAAGUCGGCUUCCCGCCGCAUCUCUUCUCGGAGAUAUAUGAGAAGGCCAGGAAACAAGGUCUACGCCGCACUGCCCACGCAGGCGGAGAAGGGCCAGUGGACUUCAUAGCUAGUGCGCUGGAUACCCUAGGCAUCGAGCGCAUAGAUCAUGGAAUUCGACUUGCGGACGAUGCUGACCUGAUGGCAAAGGUAGCGGCUCAAGGCACUUUGCUUACGACAUGUCCGAUUAGCAAUGUCGUCCUUGGAUCCGUACCUUCUAUUCAGGAUCUACCAAUACGGAAGUUCUUGGAUGCUGGAGUCAGAUUUAGCAUUAAUAGCGACGAUCCCGCAUACUUUGGAAGAUAUAUUCUAGAUAAUUAUUGUAGCGUACAAGAAUCAUUCGACUUGGACGUCCAAGAAUGGGGGAGCAUAUCCCGAGCCGGAAUCGAAGGGAGCUGGUGCGGAGAUGGAAGAAAAAGGGAAAUUCUAACUGCGUUAGAAGAGUUGAUGAAGGAAUGGCAAGAGCUGUAGAAUCACUGAGGGAAAGCAAUCGAUCGUAGCCCAUCACCUAACGAGGAACAUCAAAGGGGGGGAAUAUAAGGCAGACAUCUACAUUCUGUUGACGUUCUCUCUAACUCCAGCAAGAAGGUUAACUAAUUAAAUUUUCCCCUUGGCGUUCU